AUUCAUAAACUACACAAGUCCAGCAUUCCCAACUGAGUCUGGGCAACAUAGCAGGCAAGGUAUUACAAGGCGCAGUUACACUGGCUAAAGGAAUAAAAGAGAUGACCGAUCACGACCAGCUUUCCGUCCGCUAACAGAGGGUUUAAAAGGAGAACCAGCAUCAUCUGUUCAAAGAUCGUUUACUUUCAGACACCCAAGUCUUCUCUUUAAAUGGACUAAGCCGCUUUUUACUUGAAAUUUGAUGGUGCUCUCGGCUGUUUGCUUCAUGCAAUUUAAGUCUAUUUGCCGCUGACCACAAACUUUCUUUUUUAUUACUCUUAAGUGUUUGCCUCUGGCUUAACCGGUAAGCAUUGGAUCCGUCAACGUAUUGCGAAACUCCGGUGUACAGCCCGGACCUCUGCCCAAACAUGAUAGCGGCACAAGCAAAGCUUGUUUACCAGCUCAACAAAUAUUACAACGAGAGAUGCCAAACUCGGAAAGCGGCCAUAGCUAAGACUAUAAGAGAGGUGUGUAAGGUGGUAUCGGACGUCCUGAAGGAGGUGGAAGUGCAGGAGCCUCGUUUCAUCAGUUCCCUAAGCGAGAUUGAAGCGCGCUACGAAGGGAUGGAGGUCAUUUCGCCAAAUGAAUUCGAAGUAGUUCUUUACCUGAAUCAGAUGGGGGUUUUCAACUUUGUGGAUGAUGGGUCGUUGCCUGGAUGCGCUGUGUUAAAGCUGAGCGAUGGGCGCAAAAGAAGCAUGUCUCUCUGGGUAGAGUUUAUCACAGCCUCUGGCUACCUCUCCGCCAGGAAGAUAAGAUCAAGGUUUCAGACUCUUGUGGCCCAGGCAGUGGACAAAUGCAGCUACCGUGAUGUCGUUAAGAUGGUAGCUGACACCAGUGAAGUAAAACUGAGGAUCCGGGAGAGAUACGUGGUUCAGAUCACGCCAGCGUUCAAAUGCACGGGCAUUUGGCCUAGAAGCGCAGCCCAGUGGCCCAUGCCUCACAUUCCCUGGCCGGGUCCUAAUCGGGUAGCAGAAGUGAAAGCAGAGGGCUUCAAUCUGCUUUCUAAAGAGUGUUAUUCGUUAACUGGUAAACAGAGCUCAGCUGAAAGCGACGCCUGGGUAUUGCAGUUCAGUGAAGCCGAAAACCGCCUGCUGAUGGCCGGCUGCAGGAAGAAAUGUCUCUCCAUCCUUAAGACUCUCCGCGAUCGUCACCUCGAAUUACCGGGACAGCCUCUCAACAACUACCACAUGAAAACCUUGCUUCUUUACGAAUGCGAGAAACACCCAAGAGAAACCGACUGGGACGAAUCCUGUCUGGGGGACCGACUUAACGGAAUUCUCCUUCAGCUGAUCUCGUGUUUGCAGUGCCGCAGAUGCCCCCAUUACUUCUUACCGAACUUGGACCUGUUUCAAGGAAAACCUCACUCGGCGCUUGAAGCAGCAGCAAAACAGACUUGGAGACUAGCAAGAGAAAUUCUUACGAAUGCAAAAAGUUUGGACAAAUUAUAGAGCAAAAAAACAUAUGCGAAAGAACGUUUCGAUCACAUCACUGCAAGUGAAAAAGUGAUCCCUUUUUUCAUCCACGUAAUGUGAACUUUUUGUUUUUCUAAAGAAACAAGUGGGACUUUGCAAGAAUAAAAGUCAAGGUACAUUUUCAAGUAAAUGUUUUUUUUGAAUGUUUUCACAAAGUGAAGAAACUUAUUUAAAUAUAUGCACAAAUCUUUCAAGCAAAAAAAAAAGAUCAAAUGUAGAGUGCCAAGUUAAAAUUUUGAUCAUGUGCCCUCAAAAUUUAAAUGUAAAAAAGUAAUAAAAUAAUUUGCCUUCA